AUGGUCAGCAAAAGAGGCAUUGAUGCAAACCCGGACAAGGUUCAAGCAAUUAUGAGCCUCCCGGAGCCAAAGGGGGUCAAGGACAUCCAGAGAUUGACGGGAAGAAUGGCCGCCUUGACAAGGUUCAUCUCGAAAUCAGCCGAUAAGGCUCUCCCAUUUUUCGUACUGUUAAGGGGAAAUAAGAAGUUCGAAUGGGGAGAGGAACAGAGUAAAGCCUUCUUGGCCGUCAAAGAACGUCUAACAAAACUGCCUACGAUCUCAAGGCCCGAGACUGAAGAUACUUUGCAGUUGUAUAUAUCGGCCUCGCCAAAAACCGUAGCGGCGGUAUUGUUAGUGGAAAAGGAGAAGCAACAACACCCCAUAUACUUUAUCAGCCAUAUCCUUAAUGGUCUAGAGGGUCGCUACCAGCUGAUCGAGAAAAUGGCAUUGGCAGUCGUCAUAGCGGCCAGAAAGCUUAGACCCUAUUUCGACUGCCAUCCAAUACAAGUACUAACGAAUCAGCAGCUGGAAAAAGCGCUGCAAAGAAUGGAUACCUCAGAGCGUCUAUUGAAGUGGGUCGUUGAAUUGUCGGAGUAUGAUAUCCAGUAUAGGCCGCAAACGGCCAUAAAGGCCCAAGCGUUGGCGGACUUCAUAACAGAAGCAUAUGAAGAGGACGAGAUGAAAGAAAAAGAAUCAUGGUUGCUGGAGGUUGAUGCCUCAAAUAAUGAGUCUGAAUAUGAAGCAGCUAUUGCCGGACUGCGAAUGUGCAUCGCGGCAGGAGCCAAGAACGUCCUUUUAAAGACAGAUUCACAGUUGGUUAGCGGCCAACUCAAAGGAGAAUUUGAGGCCCGAGAGGCCAAUAUGAUUAAGUAUGUGGAAAAAGCGAAAGAGAUCAUAGCUCAACUGGAACAAUUUGAGGUAGAAGCAAUCCCAAGGGCCGAGAAUAUGAAAGCAGAUGCAUUGUCAAAGCCAGCUAGCUCAGAUUCUGUCAGCAUUGAAGGGAUGGUGGUCAUCGACGUCCUAAAAGAAAAAAGCAUCACUCAGAAGGUAAUGAUAAACAACAUAGAUCAGCAAGGGGAGUGGUUCACGGAGCUAGUGAAAUACAAGCUGAAGGGAGAGCUCCCAGCCGAUCCUAUGGCCGCUAAGAAAUUGCGAAGGCAGGCGAAUUGGUAUGUAAUAUACCAAAAUGAGCUGUAUAAAAAAUCGUUCAGCUUGCCAUUAUUAAAAUGCGCGACAACUGCCGAAGCCGUGAAGAUAAUGGAGGAAAUCCAUGAAGGAAUUUGCGGGAACCACAUUGGGGGAAAGGCAUUGGCUCUGAAGGCGUUGAGAGCUGGCUUCUAUUGGCCUAGCAUGUUAGCGGAGGCUCAAAGCUUCGUGAGAAAAUGUGAUAAGUGUCAGAAAUUCACCCAUGUGAUAAACAGACCUGCAAACGACUUGCAGCCAAUUUUGUGUCCGAUACCAUUCGCCCAAUGGGGGAUGGAUAUCUUAGGGCCAUUCACCACCGCGACGGGAGGCAGGCGCUUCCUUAUUGUGGGAAUUGACUAUUUCACAAAAUGGAUAGAAGCCGAGCCGACAGCAAAGAUAAAAGUAAACCAAGUAAAAAAGUUCAUCUGGGAAAACAUCAUGACUAGAUUCGGUAUCCCGGCAUCGAUUGUGUUUGAUCACGGACUCCAAUUUGACUGUUGCCCCGUCCAAGCUUUCCUCGCGGAUUUCAGGUUCAAGUUUGCCUAUUCAGCAGUAUGUCAUCCGCAGAGUAACGGUCAAGAGAAGCCGCUAACAAACAGAUUCUGA